AUGGACGUCAAGUUCUUCCACAUGUUCAUGUUAUAUCUCGAUGAUGUCUAUCCCCUUGACUCUAAUGUCCAGGAGGGGGUCACUGAAUUCACCAAGCACUUCACGUCCGACUCGGAGACACAGUCAAUCGAAAUCCUGAAAUACUUUGCUGAUCUCCUUACUGAAUCUUACCGAAUCUUUGGAAAGGUCACUGCUGACCUCGUUGUUCACAACGCCCUCAAGUUCCUUAGCGGUCUGAUUUUGGAAGUUGAGAGCAAGAACGAGCCUACCCAUCAAGUCGAAGAAUACGCCUUGUAUCUUCGCCAAUUAAGCGGAUUCGGUGAAGACGCCGCCAUAUUCGUUUUCCCUAGAGAGCUUCCUUAUAAAUGGUAUAUCCAAGCUCUUCCCUCUAUACAUGAUUUCAUCAAUUUCGGGAACGACGUUCUGUCAUUCUACAAAGAGGAAUGCGCCGGCGAGACACAUACUGUACUAUUACGACCGGAUAUUCACAUAAUGCAUAACAACCCCCCGUGA